CUCCUUCCAUGUCAGUUUCCUGGGCGGGCGCUAGGAGGAGCUGCUACUAGCAGCAGCGGGAGGAGGAGGAAGAUUUCUUUUUGGCCUCUGAAUGGAUGAACUUCGGAUUGUCCUCUUCCGUUUCCAGCACUUCAACAAGCCGAGGAGCCAACAACAAGUCCAAGUAGUGGCCGGCACUGACAAUAGGAGCGGAGGGGGAGCCCCGGGCUGUGUGUGGUAAUAAUGCUGGGGCACUGCCUUGUCUGCAGGGCAUGCAUGCUGCUGCCGUUGUCCCUUCCCUGUGUGAGCAUUGUUUAGUGUGUGGCAUGCUGUGGAUGCAGCCUGCUCCUCUAGCUUUGUCUAUCUGCUGCCUUUGUGUGUGCUGUGCAUGCCAACCAGAUCACCUCUGCUAGUGGAGUGCCUGGGAUUUGGUGGGAUUGGUGCAGUGUAUAUGAGCAGCCCCCCCUUUGUGUGUGUGACAGCUGUUGGCCAUACCCAGGGAAGGUGAGCCUCCUGAGCCCCUAGUGUCAGUGCUGCCAGGGUUGGGGGCACCAUGAAGAAGUUUUCUCGAAUGCCCAAGUCGGAGAGCGGUGGAGGCGGCGGUGGAGCUGGUGCUCUGGGUGCAGGAUCAGCUGGAAAUUUUACCAGCGGAGGGGUGACGCUGGGCAGAUGUUUCACCAUUGGCCGUCAUCAAGUAACGGUGGAGGAACUUGUGGCAGAAGGAGGCUUUUCUACGGUGUUCUUGGUUCGCACUCAUGGGGGGCUUCGUUGUGCUCUGAAGAGAAUGUACGUCAACAAUGUGCCUGACCUUAAUGUUUGCAAGAGAGAAAUAACUAUUAUGAAAGAGCUAUCGGGACAUAAAAAUAUCGUUGGAUAUAUAGACUGUGCCAUUAACUCUACCAAUGAUAAUGUCUGGGAGAUCCUUAUCCUAAUGGAAUAUUGUAGAGCUGGACAAGUCGUGAAUCAAAUGAAUCAGAGGCUACAAUCUGGGUUUACGGAGGCCGAGGUUUUGAGGAUAUUCUGCGACGCAUGUGAAGCUGUUGCAAGACUUCAUCAGUGCAAAACUCCGAUUGUGCAUCGAGACCUAAAGGUUGAAAACAUUCUGCUAAAUGACAGCGGGAAUUAUGUGCUAUGUGACUUUGGUAGCGCAACAAACCGAUUUCUGAACCCUCAAAGCGAUGGAGUAAACAUAGUAGAAGAGGAAAUUAAAAAAUAUACCACUCUCUCAUACAGAGCUCCGGAAAUGAUCAACCUUUAUGGGGGAAAGAAGAUUACAACAAAGGCAGAUAUCUGGGCUCUCGGCUGCUUAUUGUACAAGCUAUGUUUUUUCACCCUUCCAUUUGGAGAAAGUCAGGUUGCCAUCUGUGAUGGAAGCUUCACCAUCCCUGACAAUUCUCGAUAUGACCACAGAUUGCAUUGUGUAAUUAGGUAUAUGUUGGAACCUGAUCAGGAACGAAGACCAGACAUCUACCAAGUGUCAUACCUUGCCUUUAAACUGGCCAAAAGAGAUUGUCCAGUACCUAAUGUAUAUAAUUCUACAAUUCCCCAAUCAUUACCUGAGCCAAUGACAGUGAGUGAGGCAGCUUCUAAAAAGAGUCAAAUUAAAACCAGAAUAACUGACUCACUGGGGCCCACAGAAACAUCCAUUGCUCCAAGACAGAGACCAAAGGCAUUUGCUGGCACAGCUGCAACAAAGGUGCUAAAUAUCCAAAGUUCUGCAACCCCGGUCAAGAUGGCAGUGCAGAGUCCUCCAAAUCAAAGCUCACAUGCAUCCAUAGACACAUCAGCAAGACCUGGUAAUUUACAUGAAGCAAUUAUGGCUCAGGACCAGCAGCCCCCACAGCAGCACAGAGUUUUACAGCAACUGCAGCCAGGUGACUGGAGACUACAGCAGCUUCAUCAGUUACAGCAACAACAGCUGAUCCAGGAAGCCUACAUGAAGCAGUAUCAACAAGCAUUUCAGCACCAAAUUCUUCAGCAACAAUAUCUAAUGCAGUCUCUUUACCAGCAACAACACCUUCCUCCUCAAUAUGCAGCCAUGGUUCACCACUACCAACAGGCCCAGUUACUGCAACAACAACAACUGCUGCAGCAGCAGCAGCAGCAACAGCAACAACAGGCUUUACUACAGCAGCAACCUCACCCUCCUCAGUAUCUGACAUCUCCUCAGGAAUUCACACCAGCCUUAGUUUCCACCUCCCAACCUGAACAUGUGGGAAUUGUGAGAAGUAACACCAGCAUAUCUUUGGGUGUCCCAGAGACAGAGCCUGUAUCCAGUUUACCGAAACAGAAUACCAACAACCCUCCUGAUAUGUCUGGCUGGAAUCCUUUUGGGGAUGACAACUUCUCCAAAUUAACAGAGGAAGAGCUGCUGGACAGGGAGUUUGACCUGCUGAGAUCAAAUAAAAUUAAGGACGGCAGAACAUCCACCACUGCCAUUCCUGCCUUGCAAAGUAAACAUUCUGAAGAUGCAUUUGGUUCUGUUCCGUUUAUUUCUGCUUCAGAUUCCUUUGGGAAAAUAUCUGAAAAAGUAGCUGAUCGUGUUGUUGAAGUCUCAAACAAAGAUGUACAACUGAAUGAGUCUUUAAAAGAGCAGAAGCAGUGGAAGAGUGUAGAAGAGUCCACCUCUCAAAAGACUGCAAAAGAGGGAGCAGACUCUGAGAGUGAUUUUGAAUCAGAUCCCCCUUCCCCCAAAAGCAGUGAAGAAGAGGAUCAGGAGGAUGAUGAAGCAUUACAGGCGGAUCAAGGAGUCUUUCAUGAAGACAAUGACACUGAACCAGAAAAUAUUGGGCAGAGGCCUUUGUUGAUGGAUUCUGAUGAAGAGGAGGAAGAAGAAAAGCACAGUUCAGAUUCAGGCUAUGACCGUACUAAAGCAAAAACCUCUAGCAGGCAGACAAAAGCUACAGAAAGUCCUCACAAGGAAAAUACCACUCAGACACUUAACAACAACAAUAUGAGAAACCUAGAUAAAAAUCAAUUAGAUGCUUUUGGGGCUGUGCCAUUUUUUUGCAUUAGCACAAAAAAUAAUGAAUCUGAUGAGCAACAGCUCAAGAAUCCUCCCACUACAUUAAGGAAUGAAAAAGAACUAGAUGACUUUGACGUGUUCUCACAAGCACCAUUUAGUAGGAAACAAGAUCAGCAGGACAGUCAGAUUACAUCUCCUGUUUCUUUUGCUAAUGUGGACAUGUUUGGGUGCUCACCCUUCCAGCCUGUUCCUACGAAAGAAACAGGGUCACCUAACGAGCAGGAUCUUUUUGGGUUUAUGCCUUUUGAUGAAAUAGCUGAAAGCCAGACACUACACAAAGUUAAACAGCAACGCAACAUGCAAAAGAUAUCCUCUCGCCAGAGACGUACAAAACAAGAGCCAGCAAACAACAAUGGCAAACGUCAUCAUGGCACUCCUUCAAGCACAAAGAAAACCAUUAAGCCCAGUUACCGCACGCCAGAAAAAGUCCGUCGGCACAAAAAAGGAGGGAGACGGGACUCCCAAAGCAGCAAUGAGUUUCUCACAAUAUCUGACUCAAAGGAAAAUAUUAGCAUUUCCCUUACAGAUGUGAAGGAUCGUAACAACAUCUUACAAACGGAUGAAACCAUGGUGGACCCUUUUGGUGCCAAGCCUUUUCACCCACAAGAUUUGAAACAACCACCACAUCACGGACUUGCAGAUUUCCGUGGAGACCAUCACUCUGCAACAGCUGGCAGACCAAGACAGGGCUCACUACAUGGAGCAUAUCUUGGCAGUGAUAAUGUUAAAAUGGAUGACUUUGGUGCAGUGCCUUUCACAGAAUUAGUGGUACAAAGUGUAACACAUCAACAGAGCCAGCAAACACAGGCACAGCCAUUAGAUUUAGACCCAUUUGGUGCAGCUCCUUUUCCUUCGAAACAGUAGAUUAGAUUUUUUUUAUUAUAUGCAUUUUUGAUACAGUUAACCUGUCUUAGAAAACAGGAGCAUUAUCCUAACAUUUAGCAUAUUUUAACACCUAGGCCAGCAAAGCCUUGAUUUUUUUUUUUAAAUGGUAUUUUAAAUGCAUUAUUCAAAAUAUGAUAGCUUUAAUAUAUCUCUCACAAGAGAGCACAUUCCUACUUAUUAAUUGCACUUCUGAAGUAACUUUUUAUUAGACGGUCCAAUGAUCACUUAUGUACAGUUGGAAUACUGUAAAUAGGCACUCAAAAUUGCAUAAAUCAAAUGAUUUGUGUUUCUUUACAUAUUAUUUCACAUAGCAUGAAAUAUUCUAUUUUUUACAUUGACCUGCAUGUCUUUUAAUCCAGUCCACUUUCAGCCUCUGUUACACUGGACAAAAUUUUUUCUCUCCAAUUCUUUUUGUCUUCUUUUACCAAAGCCUUUAGAUAUAUUUUCUGUAAACAUUUCAUAUGAUCACUGAUCAUGUUAUCUUAUGUAUCACAAUUGUUUGUUCCUACUGAAUUUAAUAGGGGGCUAUCUGACAUCCAGACAGGCAGUAGAAGUGUGUGUAAUAAAAUAAAAAUUUGAGAAAAAUUCAUGAUGCUGGAUCUUCAAAAGUAAGAAUAACCUUACGCCUUUAUCAUCUUCCACCCCUAACAAAAAUUGUUUUGGGUGAUAGACUUCUUUAAAGAGAUCUCACAAAGGUUUAUAUCUUGUUCUUCAACAUAUUAAAGUAUAACUAAAGUAAAGAGGUAGAUAAAGUAAAGAGGUAUUAGAACAGCUGUCAGGUUUAUAUCGCAAUCUGUUGUACCCAUUUAGGAGAAUUAACCCCCUCUAUUUAUCCUUUUUACCAUGAUCACCAAGAGUGAAAAUUUAAAAAAAUUCCCAAACAGGAACAGAAC